AUGGCAGUGAAAAUUCGUUUAGCUAGACUGGGAUGCAAAAACAGGGCAUUUUACAGAAUCAUUGCUGCUGAUAGCCAUACCCCAAGAGAUGGCAAACAUCUUCAAGCUCUUGGUUUCUAUGACCCCUUAGCAGCACUGGCUGUUCAAAGUUUAGAGUGUCCUCAAUUGAAGUCUGAAAUUUUUAAAGCACAAAGACAAUCAGGUGUAUGGGGAUAUAUACAUGUAGCAUCUUCAGAGAACAAGAACAAGAAUGGGAAGAAGCAGGAAAGCGUACGGCAUGGUAAGCUUGUGUUCAAGGAUUAA